AGAACUUAAUUCUGCUUCUGCUUAGCAAGCCCUGGUACUGCUCCCAGUGCACAGGGAGAAAAUACCCUCGGAACAGGAUAAUCUUCAGCUGCAGGACCUGAAAAUUAUGAAUGAGACAGAAAUGACAAUGGAGCAAUUCCAACAGAAAACAUGCACAAUUUUAACAGUGCUUUGACAAUUUCCUGUGGUAAGCAGCUACAAGAAACAAACUCCCACCACUGAAUUCUCCAGCACUUAAUGUUAUAAAUGCAUGACUGAUGCAUAGAUCCAGGCUUUGGUCAGGGAAAUUAAAACCAGACUAAUGGGUCUAAAGCAAGGGAACCUUGAAACUAAAUUAGAUUGUUUCAUCUUCUGAACAGACAUGACAACUGACUUCUGUUGCUAAAAGUACUUUUAUAAGGAGGAAGGGGGAUGCUUUCUUUUUUCUUUCUUUUUUCUUUUUUUGGUCUUUGCCCACUGAAGCACCUUGGCCCCACCCAUGGAGUCCAUGGCAUGGGCAGGGUGGGCAGCAGCAGCCCUGGCCAUAAGCACCCAGCACACACCAUCUCCAUCAGCUCUUGGCUGAAGUUCUGAACUGUAAAUGCUUCCUUGUGCCUCCUCCAUCUCUUGGGCAUGAUGAUCACAGCUCCAUGUGAAAGUGAGCAAAACUAUUGUGUCAGGGUGAAAAUUGAAAUAGGAUGACGGAAAAAAGGUUGGGAGUUUCAGGCCAGGAGAUCCCUGAUGGUUUAAAUUUUCCUGUGGCUCAAACAAACCCUGUGUGACGAGUUGUUCUUUGUUGGAACCUUACUUUUGUAAGUGGAAUGCUUGCUUUGUGAGAGCUGGUUAUUACAGAGCAGAAAACAGGAUAAAGAAAUAAAGAGUUUUUAACCGGCGCAGGGUGAUGGCAUAUUCCCAGCCCAGGGCUGGAGAAGAGCAAGCUUAGUGGCUGUGGCAUCUAGGGAAUGCUGCAACCUGUCCAGGGACAGGGAAACAUCUACUCACCAUAAAUACAUUCAGGAGGGGGAGAGACACAUGCUUGGAAUAGUCAUCAGGACUAGGGGCUGGGUAGGCAAAGAACUCCAAGAGGUGUGGGUGAAUGCCCCCUGCUCUUGGGUUUUUCCGUGUGCUUCUUCUGCAGUCAGGUACCCAACACUGGAUGACAGCUCUUUGGACUCCAAAAUUCAAGUGUCUGUGAAAUCUGAACUUGGGAAAUUUUCAACAGCUACAGAGAUGGGACCAGAGCCAUUCCACUAGUGACCUCCUUGCCUCAUGGGAGGCUGUGCUUUAGUCCCCUGCCUCACAGUCCCCCCCACCUCCUCAGGGCUCAUUUCUGCCCAAAGACUGAUCCAGCUUGCCCCAUGGCAGGUAUGAACCAGACACAGGUGAUGGAAUUUGUGCUCUUGGGCUUUCCCCACAGCCGGCCUUUCUUCUUUGCUCUUUUCCUGACCAUUUACCUGGCCACGCUGCUGGGGAACUCUGCAAUACUUUCCCUCGUGUCCCUCGAUCGCCAUCUCCACAGCCCCAUGUACUUUUUCCUUAGUCACCUGUCCUGCUUAGACCUUUGCUACUCAUCAGUGACGGUGCCCAAGAUCCUGGCAAACACUCUGCGCCCACAGGCAACCAUCUCCUACGUUGGGUGCCUGGUGCAGAUGUUCCUCCUGAUGUGGUGCGCGGGGGCCGAGUGCGCGCUGCUCGCUGUCAUGGCCUACGACCGCUACGCUGCCGUGUGCCAGCCCCUGCACUACGCCCAGGCCCUGAGCCACAGCACCUGUGCAGCAGCUGCUGCUGCCUGCUGGCUCUGGGGGCUGCUGGACUCGGCCGUGCACACCCUCCUGGCGAGCCGGCUCUCGUUCUGCGGGGCUGCCCAGCUCCAGCACAUCUUCUGCGACGUGCCGCCGCUGCUGGGGGCCACCUGCAGCAACACCCGCCCCAAUGAGCUGGCCCUCCACGUGUCCAGCAUCUUCGUGGGACUCAGUCCCUUCCUGUUUGUUGUAAUCUCCUACCUUUGCAUCCUGGCCACCGUCCUCGGGAUGCCGCUGGCCACCAGCCGGCGCAAGGCCUUCUCCACCUGCUCUGCACACCUGCUCGUGGUCACCCUGUACUUCAUGACAGCCAACCUGAACUACAACCGGCCCAGCUCGGGUUACUCCCCAGCAGCUGACGUUCUGGUCUCCGUGCUGUACUGCAUCGUCACCCCCAUGCUCAACCCCCUCAUCUACAGCCUUCGCAACCAGGAGGUGUGGGGGGCCCUGCGGAAGGUUGUGCGGGUGGCUGGCACACCAGGCUCCGCAGGCAACGAUGCCUGACCGGUGCCAGGGCUGCCACAGGCUGCCCACACGGCGCUGGCACUGCAGUGUCCAUCUGUGGGACAUCUGUGACAGCACAGGGAGCCUGGGGCUCCCAGCCUAAGCACGUGGCACACUGCUGUCACUUGUCACCCUCAGCGCAUCACUGAUAGCAGAAUGGCAAAAUAAAGUCAGGAA